AUUAGUUGAAAAUCUCGACUUAUCAAGAGCGGCAGUAGCAGCAACAGCAGCAGCAGCAGCAGCUGUACCACAAGCUCGAAGCAAGCACACACAUUGCGGACAUAAUAAUACUAUUUUGGGAAGAGAUCAGCUUCAGCUCUUGGUGUAUGCACUAGGAAUAAUUUGAAAUCAGCAAGCAGGCAAAUAAAAAGCACAUGUUGCAAAGACUACUACUACAAUAGCUGAUAACACGCGAAGUGGAUUAAAGUGAAACUAAAAUCAUAAUCGUCGCAGUUCAACACUCUCUUGAACCUGAUUUGUUUGCUUCAUCAAUGAAUUCGCACAAGUCCAAAGCCAGCAUGGCCCAGCUGAACAGUAUUCUCUCGAGCCUGCUGCUGUUGUCCCUCUGGUUGGCAUCGUGCUGCGCCGUGUCCAGCACUUGGGGCAACAUCUCCAAUUCGGCGCAAUUGUUGCAUGUGGAGAACGUGUUGAAUGGUUCCUCGCCGGGCAAAUAUGUGGAUCACGAGAUUAAAUAUCCGACAAAUGGAAUUGGUAAUGGUCGUAUCAUCUCGGGCAUCCGGGCAUUUGACCAGGUGACAAACAACACUGGAGGCCAUGCUACGAUUUACUCUGGAGGCCCCGGCUUUAAUUUUGUCCACAUCAAACUACAAUCGCAGUAUAAUUAUGGCUUAAUAUUUCGCGUUGAAAUCUAUGGAAAUUGAAUUACUCUAACGAAUUACAAACAAAAAAGAAAAGAAAAUAUAUAACUAACUAACUAACUAUCUAUAUUCUAUAAUAAACAACUCGAGAUGCGAGCAAAGAGUUUGUAAACAGUUGACUAAGUUAGUUGAUUAAGUCUUAAAUGUACACACGAUUUAAUAAAUAUCCAUAGACGGCUGAUUUUAGCAUCGGUUUGAAUUAUUCCCGAA